AUGCGGGGACGCCGCGCAUCCCUUCGCCUUCUCUCCUCCUCCUCCACGCGCCGAUCUGCACUUUACACCGCAGCGCCACAGCAAGCAAAGGAGUUCGACCCGUUCAGCUGCCAUCAUGCGCACACUCCUCUCCGUGUAGGGGCCGUCGGUGCUGCGUUGUGCUCACCUCUGCACACCACCGUGCGGUUCUUUGCCUCCGCCAACGAGGCAGAAACCACCGUCCCGCCCAUUCGGUCCACGCAGGAGCUACACACGACGCUCCUCAGCUUUGCCCACGCAGCCGCGUCGACUGCUAACCACCUCCGCGACGCGGCCGUCUCUCACCGCUCUAACGACGACGACAUCAUCACGCCUGUGCAACAGAACGCGAACAAAACUCACAGCACGGGUGUGACGCAUGCUUCGUUAGAGGAGAACGUCGACAGCGGCCUAUCAGGCACAACGGAAGCUAUCCUGCCUCCAAGCACGUCGACGGGCACGGAAGAUCGUCUUCUUCAGCAGUUGCUCUUGCACCGACGACGUCGUCGGCGUCAUCAACGCGCAAAAAACGCCGCCGCCGGCUCCUCAGAGGCAAGGGAGUAUCUUCCAUCGCGUCAUGCAUCGUCGUCGCUGUUUCCUCACCUGACACCAACCAGCUCGGCCGCAGGCAAACAAGUCGGAGUGGUUGCAGCGUCAAGCCUCCGCGGUGCUGCGUCAUGGACGCGUGCCUUCGAUCUAUUCAGCGAGGCGGUGCAGCAGCACCACGUCUCCCCGACCACGCAGCACUUUAAUCUGCUGCUGUAUAUUGCGCAGCAGCACCGUCUGUGGAGUCGCAUGGACGACGUGGAGGAGUUUCAGGCGCACCUGCUCGCUUCGGUCCAGCAGCUGAUCGCAGAGAAGAGAAAGGCGGAGAGGAGGAGUGGAAGGGUGUGCGAGGGCAACGCAGGUGGACAGUCAUCGAUGGAGUCCGCAUCGCCUCAGCGGGCAAGUCUCACGGCAUCGUCGUCUGCUACCUUCUCAGCAAACCAAAUUGCGGAGCUGCAGGAGAUGGAGUCAGCGCUCAUGCCAAACGCACAGACCUACGAACUGCUGAUCGCCGCCGCGCUUGCCCGCGGGUCUUGGAGUCGCGCGCUGGAGUACUGCGAGAUGCGGACGCGCAGCGGCGUGGCCGUGCUGACCGACAGCUGCGUCCGUCAAGUCCUCCAGGUAUACGCCCUCGCAGAGACAACGGCAGCGACCACGAGUGGUGGCGCCUGGUUUGUGAGUCCUCCAAUAGAGCCACACCCGAGCCCGCCGCGACGUCUUCGCACGGAUCAGCAAGGACCAGGGCUCCGCACCGCUGCACAGCCACGUUCCACCACCUCUACGAAUACCACGCCGUCAUCGUCGUUGACGCGGUCACCAUCCUCCGCUUCCUUGCCAGAGCAGUAUUGGUCGGUGGCUCUGGCUUUCUUUCGCAGCAGCCUGCACCGCGUGACGUCCAUGCAGACGGUGUGGGCCAUUGUUUCCCUGAUGCACCGCUCAGGACAGCAGCAUGCGGUCUUGCAGAUUGUAAACGAGGACUGCAGAGAGCUGGUGCAGGCGCAUCUGCUUUCCCUCGCCAGUCACGCCCUGAUGGACCCGAAAGAACGCGCCGCCCUGCUGCAGAUGCUGUGGGCGGUGAGUAACGCUGCCCGGGAAGUCGGGGACUGGCGGGUGGCGCAGCAGCUGCUGCGAGAUGUGGUGGAGCUACGGCGGCAACUCGUGUACUCGUACAGCUCGUCUGCGGGGAAGCUGUGGGGAGCGCUUUCGCCGCUUCACUGCUCUACCAGUUCAGCUGGCAUAUCCUUGCCUUCGGUGACGGAUGAAACGAACGCCGCUGAUGAGACUCUGUAUGCCAACACCGACGACGAGGAGUCGCGGAUGACGAGCGAGCUGCAGCUUUCUCAGUACGUGUUGCAAAGCACGCUGCACACUCUGCGUCGUGUUCGGCGCUAUUCGGACAUGGUCGAACUGUAUCGUACGUCGCCCCAUCGCAUCGCAGGUAGUGGUGGUGUACCUGCAGGGAAGGCGGAGGCGGAGGCAGGGGAAGUCGCACGUGUGUGGCGGACCAUGUGGACACCGCAGGCGGUCAGCUUCGUCGCACAGGCAGGACUCGCUACCGGUGAUCUCGACUUGCUUCUCGGCCUGUGCGGGUUCGCAGACGGGAGUGACGAUGCCGCAUGCACGCUCGACCUCGCGACUUCCGCACCGUCCACGCCAUUCGACACUCCGGCUGACGUGUACGAUGCGGCGUUGCGCCUACUUCAGUCCCGCAUUCUCCAGCACCAUCUUCACCCGCAAGCGACAACGGCGUCAACCGCCGCAGACGAUGAAGAAAACCUGCAGACCAACAGCCUGCAACGCUACGUAGCGCUGUCGCAACGCGUGUACGCGGCCUACCGUCUACGCGCGUUAGAGGCAGUCGAUGAAGAGACCUCGCCGUAUCGUCAGUACCUUCAGCGCGUGUCAAAGCCUACCACGCAACAUCAGCAGCAGCACGAGCAAAAGAAUCGAAGCCUCAGUGGAACGAGCUCCUUCCUCUCCGCAACGCACGCGCCACUUGUUCAGCUGCUCGCGCGCAGUCUCCAGACUGGCAUCACCACCGCAGCGGCUACCUACUCAUUGCUGCAGCAGGCCCUGGCCGAGUUCAAGCGCAUCCGCCGCCCUGACACGUUGACCAUCGCGCUCGUCAUGGACUUCGUGCGUUCGCAGACACGCUUCACGGAUGCACCUGACUUGUCUUCCAAGCAGCCUCCGCCUUACCUCACCGAUCCAGAGGCACAGUCUAUCGUGCUCGCAGUCCAGCAGAUCUUCGAUACCGUUCUGGCGGAGGAGCGUCUCGAUUCGGUACAGCUCGUUGUGGUGGUCAACGCCUCCUCAUCGUCUCCGUACACACAGCCGCCGUCUCCAUCCGACAACGUGUCGCUGCAGCAGCUGAAGGCGCUCUCCGUCGUCACCAGCGCAACGGUACUGAUGAGCUUCGACAUCCUCGCCCGGGCACAGCCGUUGGUGCUGCUCCGCUUUAUUCCACGCACCGUGCAUUUUGGGUGGCUUCCACGCGAGCUGGCCGCCGCGCAACUCCACGCGGCACAGAGGGCGGUCGUGGCGUGGACCGCCGCACGACAGCAGCACACCGCUCGACAGAUGCCGCUUUCUGAUACAUCAAAGCUUCCAUCGCCGAACACGGCGGCGUCGAGCGGGGCGGCAGUGGCAGUCUUUGUUCGGUUGUACGCCCAGUGCACCGUGGCUGUAUCUGCGGCGCCGUCGUCGUCGUCGUCGUUGUCAGUGCAGCAGCAGGUGCUGGCGGCAGCAGCGCAAGUCUUGACGGAGCUGCAGCGCAUGACGGCGGGUCGUUCGACCACCGCCGCGAUGGCCACCUUCAAACACACCCUGCAAGACGCGUGGAAGGGUGAUGCAGCUGCGCGUCACAUUCGUGAAGCAUCGUCGGUCGUGUCAGAGGCACCCGCGCGGCAGCGAGUCGCACGGAAUGCUGAGCUGGAGGUGGCGGUGGUGGCGUCUAUCAACGCGCUGGUACAGCAGAUUGGGGCCUCGACCGUGCAUCGAUGGACCAUGUGGGGAGACUGCGCCGACCUCCUCGACCGCUACCUUUCCUCCCCGCUUGCCGAGCACACCUUGAGCGCCGCAGAAGACAACGCGGAGACUGGAUCGCACGGAUGGGGGUGGGCCGCAGCACCGAGCUUGGAGACGCUGCGCGUGUUGCGCACUUUUCUUCGACAGUGCGACAAGGCAGAGGCGCCAUUUGUAGAGUACGUGACGAUGCGGUGGGUGCUCGGCUGUGGAGGGGACGCACUAGGCGACGGCACGGCUGACGAAACCGGCUCGAAGCGCGUGACACCCGCUGUUUCAAAGCUGCGUGACAUCUGCUCGCAAUCACCGCGGUCGCAGGGGUCUUCUCACACUUCAGUGGGCGAACCACUUUCGAAGACGCCGAUUCCACUUUCAAGUCUGCAGAUGGAAACCAUGCUGCUCCUCUUAGACGCCUUCGCAUGGGCAUGCCGCAGGCGCGAUAAGCCGCUGGCACGUCGGCUGUACGCCUCUCUCGCACCGUGGAUUGACGUCUUACUUAACCUCAACCCCCCUUUAUCGAAUGGUGGAACCGUCUUAUCGAAACAGCUGGAGCAUCUCCGCGAUGCCGCUCAGUCCACGUACAUGACGCUGCUUCAGUGCCUCUCCAACGGCGCGCGCAGCGACGUUCUCCGCGACUGGCCGGUGCUGCAGGACGUGCUGCGUCACUUGACCGCGUCUGCGUCUUCGCAGCAGCAACUAACAGGAUCUUCCGCAGCAUCCUCCUCAACUGCCUUUACGCGGCUGCGGAGUACGGCGGUCUUAGUGGACGGCAUUGCCGCCGUCGUGGCGAAGCUGCAGCGUACGUUCUACUUUCUGGUGGUGCAACUCGCCCUCGACACGCACCGCGCCGUUGCACGCGUCCACGCCAGUUCGGAAGGGACGCGUGACACCCCGCCACGCUUCCCUGUUGAACCACACGGCAGACACGCCAUAGAAUCUGCCGCGGAGGCGUUUUCAUCGUGGUGCACAGCGGAGUUUCUGCCUGGACUUGUCUUUCCGUGCUUGCGGCGGUGCGCGGAGGGUGAUGCCGCUGCGGAGGGCGGCGUUGCAUUACGGACUUUUCUUGUCGUGUCGCUGCACAGAACUGCGGCGGCGGUGUCGGCGGUGGACUUCGUCGCCUUCGUCUGGCACACGAGAUUUAGACCUACUAGAACACGGAAAGCAGAGGAAGAGGGUGACGUCGACCCUUCUGAAGCCUCGACGCAGGUGCUGGCGCGUUACCGCCAGCGCGGGCUUCAGCUGUUUACCGCGCAGCUGCGUUGGGCAGACACGGCGAGUGCGAUGACGCGUCCGCUGCGUCUGUGGCUGCUCUUCGCCGCUCAUGCUCCGGCCACCACAAGCGCAGCGCCGGCGUCCAUUACGGCCGUGGCGGAACUGUGCCGUGAUCUGACCUCGUUAGAGAUGCUUUACGCCCUUCACGAACCUUCCUUCUUUGGCGAGACGUCUGCGGCUGUGCCGUCUUUUUUUCAUCUCCUUCUUCAGCAAGUGGACGAGCUGACGACGGCGAUGCGCACCCGGGCAGCAUCCACAUCGGUCGUCGCCUCUUCUUCUGCCGAUGCCUCCUCCGUGCACUCCUCUUCCACCACGGCUGCUCUCCCUCGCCUCGGUGACGGCUGCUCGCCCAUGGAACUCCUCACCACGCCGCUUCUGCACUUCACCCCUUCGGUGCUGCGUGUGCUGCAGCAGGCGGCGCAGCAAGUGCUUUCCGUAUCGCUCUGCGAAGGAACUGUGGACGUCCAGGCUGUGCGUAGCGGCGUCCGCCAACUCACCGACGUACGUGAAGGUGCAGCUUCGGACUCGUUUCCUUCCUCCUCUUUGGUUCAUCUUCCUCCUGCACUUCUGCGUCGGUGCUUGGCGUGGCCUGGACAGCCCACCACCUACCCCGUCCUCCUGCGUGCGGUGGAGGUCGCCGCCUACGAGACGCUGCGCGAGCCGGCGGCUGUCGUGGAUGUGUUGAGCAGCAUGACACAGCUGCGUCUCGCGGAGAGCGCAUUGGCCGCUCACGCAGCAGGCGGGCGCAGGGCUGACAGAGAGACGGGCGCGUCGUCUGCGCACAUGUUUCUCGCCUUUUACCUGCAAUCAGCCGCGUUGCGACGGGCCUCGCCGGUGAAUGCGCAGGUGUGUUUAGCGGCGCUGCUUGCGUGCGCCUCCGCCACCACGGUGACCAAUGACGCAGCAUGUUUUGCACCGCCGCCGCCGCAAGACGUCAUCACGCUUCUCAGUGCCUUUCCCCACGUGGUUUCGCUUCAUCUUUUUCAGCAGUGGCAGCGCCGCGCUCUUGCUGCGCACCAAGAAAGUGUGUUGCGCUCGUGGAUGCUGUUGCUGCUGUGGGGUGGUACGCAGACCUCAGCUCCGACGGGUGCUCCCACCGCACGCACGCCGUGGAGAAGUUCCGUUCAGGUGUACAGCCGGCAGGCACCCGCGCCGUUUCCUCUGCCGCUGCGGCGGGCAGCGCUGCAGUGGCUCGUGUUGACCCACGGCACUGUAUUACCUCCCUCUGUACCAUCAUUCUCGACCUCACCCAAGGAGGAAGACGCAGCCGCAUCAGGGCAUCGUCUUGUGGCGUUGUUCAACGUGGCAAGCGACGCCUUUGUCGACCUUGUGAAAAGGCCCGCUACACCAGUCGAAGCACCCCAGGCAGUAAGGCAGCAUCCGCUGUCCAUUCCGACGCCUUUUUCAGCUCACAGCAGCUCUGAUGAAAACAGCAGCGGGCAGGUGCAAGAAGAGGCAGAGGUGGUGUCCGUGGUGCGGACGGCGGUGUCGCACUGCUUAACCUGUCACGCGGUGCAACAACUUCUCCUGCAGUACCCCGCAGUCGGCACCGCCAGUACUUCUUCCCCUCAGACGCAGCACCAGAAAGAUUCUGAGACGCUGCGGACCCCUCUUCGGCCCUGUGCGGUGGAGCUGGAAGCCUUGGUGCGAGUGCUGCCAGCACCGGCGCAGGAUGACGCAAGGGCGAGGUUUAGUAGCAACGCGAAGCCUCCUUACGACAACGCAUCCCUCACACAUUUAUUGCUGUCUGCGGGAGAGGAGAAGCAGCAGGGUGUGAAGGAAUGGGCCGUGUCUCUGGCCCGCUGGAUCGACGACCGUGCAGCGCAGCAGAAAGACAGCGCUACUUCGUCCACCUCCCUCGUACCACCGCCGCCGCCGUCUUUAACGAUGCCGCCAAGCUCCCCUGAAAUGGCGACGUGGAAAGACAUGUACGCCUCUCUCCACGCAGCCGCUGCUGGCCUUCUUCAGCACGCCACCACCUCAUCGUCGCCGUCGUCCUCACUCUCACAGGACUACAACGACUUCUACGCAGAUGCAGAACAGCGCAUGGCCCCACUUCGAUCCAUGCUGGAGAGUUUCGUGCGCGCAGGUGCACGGCUGCACGCUGCACACGAGACCGCAGGAGCAGCAGACGAGGCGAGUGCGUGCGUGAACGCACUGCUGCUCUUCACCUGCGUGUACAUCCCUUUAGCUUCGUCCGCCUGCGCCUGUCCAUCACACACCAUCGCGUUGCUACGGCAUGAACUGCUCGCUCUUCUGCGUGCAUUGUACCCUCCGCAGUUCGCACUGGAUGCCCCUCCAUCUGCCUCUCUUUCACUCUACGAGUGGGUUGUCCAGCAGCACGUACGCCCGUUGGUCGCGUUCCCUGCUGCUGCGCCGCCGCCGCCUUCCUCGAUUUCUUCCUCCUCCGCCUCCACCGUCGUCGUCGUGGCAUCCCUGCAGCCGUGGGCCGUCGGCGUAUUGAUUCUUCAUCACCUGAGCGUGUUGGUGUGGGUGUUGGGUGCCGGCAGCUCCUCCCACGCAGCAGUCUUCGACGGCAUCUACGCGUCCGCACGAGAACUCUUCCAGCAAACCAGUCAGGACCUGCUCGAGAUGUACAGCUUGUUUUCGGUGGCCGGCAGCAGCGCUGCCCUGCUGCUCCGCGGUGCCGUACGGACGUGGAUGCAGGCCGGCGUGCUUCUUGGGGAUUCCCGCACGUUGAUGUGGUUCGGCCAGCGCCUGACCGCACGCCUCGUUUGUCGCCAGCAGGAGAGCGACUCGGAAGCGGGCAGUAGCAUCGCGUGCGUGGAGGAGGCGAAGGCUGCGGUGGACUGGUUGGAGGUGGUGUCAGUGGCGGCGGUGUGCGCUGCCGUCUGCAACGGAGGUGCCGGUAGCGGGAAGGCGGAGGAGACGCUGAUGCGCUUUCUUUCCGCUCUUCCGCUGCUGCGCGUCGGCGACGCCUCUGCACCGUCGGGCGUCUACGCAUCUCUCCUCCGACUCUGGCUGGAGAACAUACAACGCCUCUCCUCGCAGGCCACGGUGCCUUCGCUGGAGAAGCAGAAGAGGAAGCAGACGAUGGCAACGAGGAGCUCAACGCUGCUCUUGCUUCAGCACCGGUCGUACGCCACGCGCCUCGUCCACUCGCAGCCCUUCUCCGUUGUCUUUCAGCUCCCUCCAAAGCGUUCAGAGCAAGCGAAGGACGCGGCCGGCAGCACGAGCGGCGACAACGCAGAGGUACUUGCGGAGUGCCUGCGCGGUAAGGUGGCCGACUACCUUGCCGGUCCAUCCACCGCCUAUCCUCCUCUGCAUACUUCUUCGCCUCUGCCAGAGCCGUUCGUGAAAGAGACGGCACGAGGCACCGCCCCAGCCUCGCUGCCGCUGACUUCUGAAAGUGUACGAGCCGCGAUGCGGUGCAUCGCCGCGGCGACCACGGAAGACAUGCAAACCUUUGUGCACCUCGAGUCCACCAAGCGCAACGCUACACUUCAUGAGCCGACGCACGCACACCGUCCAAGCACCGCGAGGAACGUCGAGAAGAUGAAGCGUGGCCGGACAGUACAGGAAGCGUGGCACUUGAUGGAGCGUGCCGCCCUGCACCACCGUCAGCGGCUGCACAGCGGAGACGGCGUGUCCGCCACCCCGUCGCCGCUGGUCCCGAUCGUGGAGUGGGCUCCCCUCUUUCUGGGCGGUAGCGUCGCUGCCAUUCCGCACACCAUUCACUUCAUCCGUCCCGCUGUGUCCGAAGUCGUCAUCUUGGAGAGUUGCCGAGGCUGGGCCGAGGCUGUCGAAGUCCUGCAGCACUCCCUGCGCACGUUACAGCACACGGGUGCGACACCGGUACAGCAAUACAUGGUUCAGCUCCUGCUGCAGCGUCUGCGGACAACUUCAAGUUUGUCGGGCUUGACGGAAGCUGACAGGGUCAAGGACACUCCCGCGUGUGAGUUUGGCGCUCGCUUGGAUUCAUUCGUGUACAGAGUUGCCGCAGCACCAAUCUCCUCCUGUGACGCUGUAAGUGAUGGUGAAGACAAGAACCUGCAGCGGCUUUGGAGGCAGCUUCUUGGUGGUCAUGAAGCACACGGUGCGGCCGCUCUCGUGUGUCGCCUCAUAGACCUUCUUUUGGACAGCUAUCGAUGCCACAGCGCUCCCCGCUCCUCGUCAGCAACAACUUCGACUCUCAUCGACCAGCACACCCUCAAAGAGGCCCUCCGCUGCAGCGUGCACGACGCUGUCGUCACUGCGGCCCUCUUUCGUCUCUUCUGGGCGCAGCAGUACCAAGGAGUGAAGGGGGCGCACGCGUUUCUCUCUGCACUGCGUGCGGCCAAACUCGCCCGUGACGAGCCCCUGGCUGUGCGUGCCAUUUUCACAUACCUGUGGGUCGUCACACCAGGUACGCUGCCGCAGCGCACCGAGCUGUGGAGGACGCAGGUGCUCUCCUUGUUGGGCAAGCAGAACGAUGCGCUCUCCAUGGUAACGACUCUUACGGCGGCGAAAGAAGCACAGCGGAUGACAGACGCCUCCUAUCCGCUGUCGGUGGAGGCGCACGGGACAGUGUGGAAGUCGUGGACGGUGCUGUGUCGCAUGGGCAUCGUACCGGAAGCGGUGGCACUUGACGUAGUGGACGUCUUCAAGGCGUUGCAUCGUCUGUCGGAGGUGGAGGAGCUGAUGGUGACGACCGGUUACACCCUGAAGAAGCAAUGA